AAAUUAAAUUUUUUUAAGAUGAAAACUCAUAUAGAAGUAUCAAGUCAAAGAAGAAAGGGAAGAAGUGGUCAUCUUGGUGCUCCCUCAAAUAUAAGAUAUAAAUUAAUGAGUGCCCAUUUAUCAAAAGAUUUAAGAAAGAAAUAUAAUGUUCGAGCAUUACCAAUAAGAAAAGAUGAUGAGGUGACAGUUGUUAGAGGUAUGAAAUAUAAUAAUCAUGAAAAAGGGACUCAUAAGGGAACUAAGGGAAAGGUAUCAUCAGUUUAUAGAAAGAGAUGGACAAUUUAGAUAGAGAAAUUGACAAGAACUAAAGCAAAUGGUAGAUAUAUUAAUAAUUAGAAUAGGAAUGCCAUACUAAAUCCCAAUUUGUGCAUCAUAAUGCAUUAUUACAAAACCAUAUUUAAAUGAAGAUAGAAAAUAAUUACUUGCAAGAAAGGCUUAAGCAAGAGUUUCAACAAAAGGAAAGGGUGAAAAAUACACAAGUGAAAGUAUAAGGAGAGCUGAUUGAUUUUAAAAAAAGAUUGUAUAC